AUGAUGGGAUUUCUAUUGGGAAGUGGUCGAUGGUCUGUCUCUGCCUUAGUCAAUGGAUUGUCAGUAAAACUCCAGCCCAGAAUUGCCCAGCAGGAGAGAAUCGAUGAGCUUCACGUUUUGCAGCACAAGAGGAUCUUGGAAGUACCUCUGUUCACAGCAGCAAGAGCGAAUGAUGUCAGUGCGAUCAAGAAACUCCUGGAAUGCCACUCCGUUGACCCUUUCGAAAAAGGAGUGAUGGGUGAGACAGCAUUGCACAUAGCAGCUUUGUACGGAAAUCAUGAGGUAGCGACUAUGCUCCUUGAAGAAGUGCCAGAUCUCAUCAAUGUGCCUGCCACCUCGGAGCUGUACGAAGGGAAAACAGCCCUGCACAUUGCUGUGGCAAACGAAAAUGUUCAUCUGGUGAAAGAGCUGAUAAACCGCGGAGCCGAUGUGGCAUCAUCACGUGCGACCGGGAUCUUCUUCAGAAGAAGUGAAAAGAACUUAAUUUAUUACGGUGAGCAUGUGUUGUCUUUUGCUGCGUGUGUUGGGAAUAAAGAGAUCGUUCAGUUCCUGAUUGAGAACGGUGCAGACAUAAAGGCUCAGGAUUACCUUGGUAACACUGUUCUGCAUCAUCUGGUUCUGCAUGCCCGGCAUUACACAGCCCAGAUGUAUGAUUUCAUCCUGUCCCUCGAUCCAGAGAAUGGGAAUCCAGUGGAGAUGAUCACCAACAACGAUGGACUGACUCCCUUCAAGCUGGCUGCCUUGGAAGGGAAUGUCCAGCUGUUCCAACAUUUAAUGAGAAAGAGGAAACGCCAGAUUGAAUGGUUUUUCAAACCUAUCUCUACCAGCUUCUACGACCUCUCUGGUAUUGAUUCAUGGGACGAUGACCGCUCUGUCCUUGACCUGGUUGUGUGCAGUAAUGAAGUUGAGGCCCUGAAAAUCCUCAACCUCCCUCCGAUCAAAGCCCUGAUCCAUUUCAAGUGGAACAGUUAUGGAAAGUAUUAUUUCCGAACCAUUGCUCUCUUGUACUUCGUCUACAUUAUCAUAUUCACCUCCUGUUGCAUCUUUCGACCUCUCAUACCACGUCGUGACAAUGUCACAGACCCUAGGGACACACAGAUAUUGGAAGAGGCGCCACUAAAUCUGUGCUACGUAUCAAAUGAAGAUUACAUCCGCUUGGUGGGGGAGAUCAUUUCUGUUUUUGGAGCCAUAGCCAUCCUUCUGAUAGAAAGUGCUGACAUCUUACGAUAUGGAACAGCAGGAUAUUUUGGGAAAACCAUCCUUGGAGGCCCAUUCCAUGUUAUAAUAAUCUGCUUUGCGUUCCUGGUUCUGCUGAUUCUCCUCCUACGGUUGACGAGUGCAGGUGCUGAGGGGUUCUGUAUGGCUCUUGCCAUCGCCUUGGCCUGGUGCAAUUCCAUAUACUUCUUCCGGGGAUUCCGGAUACUUGGGCCAUUUGCCAUCCUUCUCCAGAAGAUUAUUUUGGAGAAAUUUUUGACAUUUGUGAUACUGAUGGUGAUGGUGCUCAUUGGAUUUACAACAGCCCUUCAUAUGUCAUUCCAAGAGCUUGACCCUUCUGAGUGGAUUCGUUUUAAUGACUAUAAGAACCUGCUUUUUCUGAUGUUCAUGCUGUUUUUUGGACUCCUCGACAUCCCGCUGAACUAUGAGAAGUACACUCCCUUCAUGGUCAAGAUUCUAUAUGUGGCGUACAUUAUGAUGACUUUUCAGUUGAUGGCCAUUCUCUUCAUCUUCUUGAUUGCCCAGACACUACGAUGGGUGAUGAAGAAUUGCGAUGUACUCUGGCAAGCGCAGAUUACAGCAUCGAUGAUUCAUCUCGAGCGGUGGCUUCCGAAAUAUUUCUGGUCUCGCGCUGGUAUCUGUGGGCUGCAGCUCGGACUCGACAACAGCUGGUAUAUCUGGGUGGAGGAUACAGUCGAUAGUGACGCACAAAGCUGUAGCAGCCCCAAGUGUGGAAAAGUGGAAGAACAUCAGGAAUCUGCAAACAAGGCUGAGAAAGAGCAAUCAUUGCCCAGUGAGAAUGAGACUGAGCCGAACUCCAGCGUGGAGCUGCACAUUCUCCGACGCAGAUCCAAGGCACAUUUUUCAGACGUGACUUCCAAUGAGAUUAAAGACGCUGAUUGUUACCUGUAA